ACUUAAGACUAGAGUUGAAAUGCUUCGGACAAAUAGUCAGUCUUCAAGUAAUCAUGAAGCUAUUUGGACAUAAUUUUCCAGUUUUUGUACUGCUUUUAGCAGCAAUAACCGUUCAUAGUGUGACUUGUCGGAAUACAAGGAAUUACCAUACAAAACACGAAUUAGUUCCAAAGUAUGAGAAGACUGCAUUGGAUACCUGUCAACCUGGCGAUUAUUACAUUAUUUCUCACGUUUUGGCUUUCUACGUAGCAUACGCAACGAAGUACCUUGGAUACAAAUUUGAUGAAAACUGCCCCGUUGCAGUCGCUGCUUGUUACACGUAUGUCCAUAAGAACGAUGACUGUGUCUACUUUUGGAGAAAGGAUACAGGAACUGUUCAAGUUGUUCUUCACGUAGAUGAAGUAGACUAUCUAGUCCAUUCAUUGCUACCUUAUGAUGUUGAAACCCUAUUUGAUGAAUUAGUUGGAGCCAAUGGAGCAACUUUAUCACUUGUAACUGCUACCUUUGCCCAAAACUUCAAAUUAGUAUUGCAAUUCUUACUGGAUCAGGGCAAUCACAAUAUGUUCUUAGCUAACUUCAAUGGAGCUGUUAUGUAUAAGAAUGUAUUCCCAGAAAAGGGUAUCUAUCUUAAUGCCAAGACAUCUCCACUCUGUGAGCUUGUUGAUCUUAAAAAUCCUUCUGAUUUUCUUGAUGCUAUCGAACAUCAAAGUUCAAUUGUAGCAUUUCUAAGAUCAGUUACCGACAACCCACAUACUGGUUCAAACCAAUUGAACUAUCACCUACCAAACCAUGAUGCUUGCUGGAGAUACGUUUUUGGUUACCUUACAUUGGUUGAUACACUACCAAGUGAAGUUGAAACUCUUUUCUACGAAGCUGGCCUUUCUACUCGUGGUGUUGACUUCCAAAAACUUGCUUACGCAAGUUUAACUGUGAAUGGUUUUGCACCAUAUUGUAAUGAUUUAUAUAAACUUUGGGAUUAUCAAGUGUCUUAUAGACGUAAACAUUAAACCACUAGGAAUAUACCCAAAAGAAAUACUAUGAUGACUCUGCAUGAUCAAGGAAUAUAAUAAUCUAUACAUGAGCAGCAAUUUAGUUUUAAAUAAAGCAAUAUACGAAAAUGAAAA